GGGCCACCGAGGCCAAACCCGCUGGGGAACGGAGCCAUGGAUUACUCACGUUUGCCAAAUACCUACCUAGGUACAGUUACGGCCCACGGACCAGACUACCGAGUGCCACCGUCCCAUUCGGUAAUGAGAUCAUAACCGGUGGUGUGCGUUGAUUGCUUAAUUAUAGCUGAGCGAUCUUAUGGGGGGGAAGAUAUGCAAGGUACAAAUAUCCCAAUAUCCGCUCACCCCAAAAAGAUUUAGUUUCUGUUUACUCUACACCGUGGUCUGUCUUCUCACCUCAGUCAUACCUAGGCAUUACGAUGUUGUUCAAGUCCCUUGUCCUCCUCGCGGGUACCGCUGCCGUGGCCCACGGUGCUCCCUCCGCUCCUGGUGCUAAUGACAUCCCCCGUGAUGUCCUCACUCAGAUCUCGUCGUGGGGAUCCAACCCCACCAACCUCCAACUUCACCUCUAUGCCCCAUCCAACUUGACCGGCAAGCCAGCCAUCAUCCUCGCUCUCCACGGCUGCUUCGGCUCCGGCCCCUGGCACGCCGAAAUGACUUCCCAAUUCCAAACCCUCUCCUCCUCCCGCAACUUCGUCGUCCUCUACCCAUCCUCCAUAAACGACAACAACUGCUGGGACGUCGCCUCCCCCGCCUCCCUCACCCGUGACGGAGGAGGUGAUUCCACCGGCCUAGCCACCAUCGUCCGCUGGGCCACCACCACUUUCAACGCCGACCCCAAGAAGGUCUUCAUCACCGGGUCAUCCUCAGGUUGCAUGAUGUCCAACGUCAUGGCCUCGGCCUAUCCCGACCUCUUCUCCGCCGUGUCCUGCUACAGCGGCGUCCCAGCCGGCUGUCUCGCUGGCUCCCCUGGCAGCAGCCCCAUCAGCGCCGAUCAGACGUGCGCCAACGGGGGGAUUAGAAAGACGGGGGAGGAAUGGGCUGAGGUGGUGAGGGGGAUGGCGCCUUUGCCUGAGGGCAAGGGCAAGGGGAAGGGCAAGGGUAAAGGGAAGGGGAACCAGGGGUGGAAGUAUCCCAAGGUUGCUACCUGGCAUGGGGAUAAUGACUUUUUCGUGAACUAUUUCCACAACUUUGAGGAGCAGCUUGAGCAGUGGGGGGCGAUUCACGGGGUGGAGUUUACCAGGAAUGAGACGAAUGUUCCGGCGGCGGGCUACACCAAGAUGGUGUAUGGGGAUGGGACAAAGCUGGUGGGAUAUUCGGCUAGUGGGGUGGGGCAUGUGGUGCCGCAGUUUGAGGCGGUUGAUCUGGAGUGGUUUGGACUUUGAGGAGGAUCUUGUUGAGGUGUAUGAAAAAGAAUAUAACGAUUCCCAUGCUCUGAACAGAUAUAUGUCGCUCAUAUGGAGACAAAUUCGAUGAUAUCAGAGUGCCUUGAGAGACCACGUAUGCGAUAUGUAGCAAAAUGCAAAAUAUAUCCCGUAAGAAGUAGGUAGAGAAAGAAAGAUCGC